AUGAAUGAUAUAAUAAGAAAUGUAAACUCAAAUGUUUUUAACAAUAAUACACAACUUGCUAAAAGAACAAUGAAACGAAUUUCAGAAUCUAUGAAUCGGUUGAUUCAAAAAGCUGAGAAGAAACAACAUAACAAUCUUCUAAAGCUUCUUGAAGAAUUUGUUAGAGAAUCUGCUGCAUUGAACGGCGUAGUGACGUUUGAUAACGAUCAGUUUCAAUCUCCACUUCCUGUUGAACAUGUUAACAGUUGGAGCUUACCAAUAAUUAGCUUAACAUGCAUCGCAGUUGUUAUCCCGGAUAUUCGUCAGGCAAGAGUUGACAACUUGUUCAAAAGUGUUGGUGAGGGUCUUUUGUACACUCAUCUAGUGGAGGAAACCCUAAAUAGGGAAUCUGUGUAUGUGAAUAUUCGAAGGGCAACCGUGACAUUGUGGCAUGAGGUUGAAGAAAACUGCAAGUGGUUGGAGACCACUUUGGAAAGAAGUGCUUAUGAAGGAAAAAACUCAAGAACUCCAAAAGAUAUUAUUAAAUUGUUUGCUCAUAGUGCAGAGAAAAUUCUAAAUGAAUUUAACAGAAGUACCGAUGGAGAACGGGUGGAGAAGGAAAACCUUCCUCGGAAGGUAAUCGUUGCCAACUCAAUAUAUCGCAUUGCAAAAACAAUCUUGCAUACGUAUGAAAGCAACGAUUUGGACAUUGUUGAAGACGAGUUGUUUACACGACUGUCUGGCAUGAUUGCAGACAUAAUAGUUGCUUGCUUGACCAACAUACCACGCGCCACAGCAAUGAGGUGCCAUGAGAGUGCAAUAGAAAAACGAGAGGCUAGUGUUGCGGCUGCAGUCGACCUUCUUGGACGGACAACCAAGAUAAUAGAAAAGCUUGAAAGGCAUGUACCGAACAUGGAUCAAGAUAAGAUGGCAUAUAUCGACCAAUGGCGUAUUCAUUUGAGGCAACCUUAGAAUUCAUGGUCUUUCAUAUGGAUCCAAGGUGAUGCAGUUCAAGAAAUUAACCGCUUCAUGGACGCUUUGUUGUCAAGUGCAAGCUUCAAAUAUAAUGAUAUUAGAAUGCAUCGUUACCAUGUAGUUUUUUCUUUAAAAAAUGUAUUUUACUUCUAUAGUUUCUCCAUUUGAUGUUAUUUGCAAAUUACGUGUAACGAGUUGAUAUUAACCCGCGUGACGCGUGUAUCGGAUGCGCGGUUUCAGUUUCUUAAAUGUGAUGCCACAUUAUACAUACUCAU